GCGAACCGUCCGCUUUCUUUCUGGUUGAACAGCGUGGGGAGUCAGCAGUGUAUUUGGAUCCCAAACUGACUCAUUCUGCGACAUUAGCGGCUUAUCGCUGAUUCGGAAUGGAUUCUUCUUUGAGUGCAGCUCAAAUCCGCCAGAAGUUCAUUGACUUCUUCCACCGCUAUGAGCACCAGUACGUGCACUCAUCAUCCACCAUCCCGCUGGAUGACCCCACGCUGCUGUUUGCCAAUGCUGGCAUGAACCAGUUCAAGCCCAUCUUCCUCAACACUAUUGAUCCGUCCCACCCCAUGGCGAGGCUACAUCGUGCAGCCAACACCCAGAAGUGUAUCCGUGCCGGAGGAAAACACAAUGACCUGGAUGAUGUGGGCAAAGACGUGUACCAUCACACCUUCUUUGAGAUGUUAGGCUCCUGGUCCUUUGGAGACUACUUCAAGCACUUGGCCUGCAAGAUGGCUUUGGAACUGCUCACCCAGGAGUUUGGCAUUUCCAUAGAUCGCCUGUACGUCACCUACUUCGGGGGUAACGAUGAUGCCGGCCUGGAGGCUGACCUGGAGUGCAAAGAAAUCUGGAUGGCCCUCGGCGUGGACGAAGCUCGCAUCCUGCCAGGCAGUAUGAAGGAUAACUUCUGGGAGAUGGGAGACACCGGUCCCUGUGGUCCCUGCAGUGAGAUCCACUACGACCGCAUUGGCGGGAGAGACGCCUCUCACCUGGUGAACAUGGAUGACCCCAACGUCCUGGAGAUCUGGAACCUGGUGUUCAUCCAGUUCAACAGGGAGUCGGAGACGGUACUGAAACCGCUGCCCAAGAAGAGUAUUGACACAGGGAUGGGUCUGGAGCGCUUGGUAUCUGUACUACAGAACAAGAUGUCCAACUAUGACACGGACCUCUUCGUCCCAUACUUUGAAGCUAUUCAGAAGGGUACUGGUGCCCGACCAUACACUGGGAAAGUAGGGGCCGAGGAUGCUGACGGUAUUGACAUGGCUUAUCGCGUGCUGGCUGACCACGCUCGCACCAUCACAAUCGCCCUUUCAGAUGGCGGCCGGCCUGACAACACUGGAAGGGGCUACGUGUUGCGGAGAAUCCUACGUCGUGCAGUUCGUUAUUCCCAUGAGAAGCUGGGCGCUCAGAGAGGUUUUUUUGCCUCUCUGGUGGAUGUGGUGGUCAAUUCCCUGGGUGAAGCAUUUCCUGAGUUGAAGAAAGACCCAGAAAUUGUGAAGGACAUUAUUAACGAGGAGGAGGCGCAGUUCCUCAAAACCCUCAGCAGAGGGCGCCGCAUCCUCGAUAGAAAGAUCAUGAGUAUGGGGGACUGUAAGACAAUCCCAGGUGACACAGCAUGGCUGUUGUAUGACACGUACGGCUUCCCUCUGGACUUGACCUCCCUCAUUGCAGAGGAGAAAGGCAUGUUGGUGGACAUGGUUUCCUUUGAGGAAGAGAAGAAGGCUGCACAGUUGAAGUCUCAGGGUAAGGGUGCAGGAGACGUGGACCACAUCAUGUUGGACAUCUAUGCCAUUGAGGAGCUGAGAAAUAAGUGUGUCCCCGCCACAGAUGAUUCUCCCAAAUACAAAUACAGCUCUGAUGAAAAGGGCACCUACGAGUUCCAGCAUGCCUCUGCCACAGUGCUGGCCCUACGCCGCGACCGGUCCUUCUGUGAUGAAGUGACUACGGGUCAGGAAUGUGGCGUCCUUCUGGAUCAGACGUCCUUCUACGCCGAGCAGGGCGGACAGACAUUUGAUGAGGGCUACAUGCUUCGAGAGGAUGACAGCACAGAGGAUAAAAUGGAGUUCUCAGUGAAGAACACACAAGUUAGAGGGGGCUAUGUUCUGCACGUGGGGACGGUUUAUGGAACGUUGAAGGUCGGAGACCGUGUCACCUUACAUGUAGAUGAGGCUCGUCGCAGACCAAUCAUGAGCAACCACACGGCCACACAUAUCCUCAACUUCGCCCUAAGGGGAGUUUUGGGAGAGGCAGACCAGAGAGGGUCCUUGGUGGCAUCCGACCGCCUGCGCUUUGACUUCACUGCCAAAGGUGCUCUGAGCACAGGCGAGGUCCGGCGGACUGAGGAGAUUGCCUGUGCGAUGAUAAGAGAUGCCAAGCCAGUUUACGCCAUGGAAGCCCCCCUAGCACAAGCCAAGGCCGUUCAGGGUCUGCGUGCUGUGUUUGAUGAGACGUACCCCGACCCUGUGAGGGUUGUGUCCAUUGGCAUCCCCGUUCAGGACCUACUGGACGACCCCAACAGUGCUGCCGGGUCUCUCACCUCCAUUGAGUUUUGCGGUGGAACCCAUCUGCAGAACUCUGGUCAUGCUGCGCCGUUUGUCAUCGUCUCAGAGGAGGCCAUCGCCAAGGGCAUCCGACGCAUUGUUGCUGUGACAGGAAGCGAGGCCCAGAAGGCCCAGAGGAAAGCAGACGCACUGCACCAAGGUCUGACUGCCCUGGCAGACAAAGUCAAGCAGCAGACGGCACCGAACAAGGACAUGCAGAAAGAGAUUGCCGACAUGACAGAGUCGAUCGGCACAGCAGUGAUCUCCCAGUGGCGGAAAGAUGAGAUGAGGGAGACCCUGAAGGGCCUGAAGAAAACCAUGGAUGACUUGGACCGUGCCUACAAGGCAGACAUCCAGAAGAGAGUCCUGGAGAAGACUAAGGAGGUGAUUGAGAGCAGCCCUAAUCAGGCACUGCUGGUGAUGGAGAUGGAGACCGGCGCCUCAGCCAAAGCUCUGAAUGAGUGCCUGAAGCUGCUGAAGUCAAAUUCCCCUCAGACUGCUGCUAUGCUCUUCGCUGUGGACCCUGAUGCUGGCAAAGUCGUCUGCCUGUGUGAAGUCCCUCAGGAAAAGGCCAAUCGCGGACUGAAAGCCAGCGAGUGGGUACAAGAGUUGUGCCCCCUGAUGGACGGCAAAGGAGGCGGCAAGGACAUGUCUGCCCAGGCGACCGGUAGGAACAUGCAGUGCCUGCAGGAGGCGCUACAGAUGGCCCAGCAGUUUGCCUCUCUCAAACUUGGAGAGAACUGAGAGCAAGAGAAGUCAGCUAAGUGUUGGGUGGAAUCUGGGAAAUGUAACAUUUGUGCUUCUCGCUCCCACCUUGCUGACAGUUGACCAACUAUCGGGAGUGGGUCGGUUAAUUCACUUCAGUCAAAUGUAUCUCUGUGGAAAUUACACUUACACGUGAAAUAAGGUGGGUUUCAACAUCUCCUGCAGUACACUGACAGAAAGUCACAGGCAGUGCAGAUGGUCUGUGGUUGCAUUUGCAUGCUUGUGUUCAAAGAUGGGAAUCAUGGAGUUUUGACACAUUUGCACUUCAAUUUCCUGAUUUGAGCAUUUAGCUGUCUUUAGUUCACUUUGGCAUCCUGAUGUGUUCAGGGCUGCUUCCCUUCCCUACUUAACUGACUCAUUCCGCUUUAGCGCAGCCUCAUUUUUAGGAGAAAAAAAUCAGAAGCCGACUUUAUUGUAUUCUAAACCCAUAGCAGUGGCACCGUCCAUCCAUGCUGUUUGUAUGAACUGUAGCUGUAUCAUUGCCAUAGUGUAAAAUACAACAUUCAUCACUACUGUGUAAAUGCUCAUGUUAAGCCUUCUGUGCAUGUAACUUCAUUUCUGUAUCACCUCAAUGCGCAAUAAUGUAAUUGUCUUCUAUCAUUGCUUUUCCAUAUAAGAAACAUGACACAUUUAGGGAUUGGAAUAAACUGAUCUACGUUG